CAAAAUUCCAAACGGCAAAAUCCUAUGCUACACUGCGCACUUUAACGAAGAUAUCAUUUUCUUGUUCCUUUCUUUAUCCAUGAAAAUAAAAUAAAAAUAAUGCCAUUUUGAUUUCCAUUCCCAUGAAAGUUCUGGUCAUAGAUCCUCUUCCUCUCUCUAUAUAAGACUUUUUCCCCUCCUCUCGCUCUCCUCAAACCUCUAUUAUUUCAACAGCACGAUCCCUCUUCUUCGAUCUAUCUUUCAGUCACAAACUUCAUUACCAUUUUUACCAUAACAACAUACCAAUGGCUGCUUGUAUUGACACCCCACGGACAGACACCUCUCAGCUUUCUCGCAAUCCUAACAGGUCUCAAUCAGAUGAUCAUGCCUACAACUACGCGAAGCUUUGCAGGCCUCCUCAUGUUUCUUGCACACCCUUUUCCAGGAAUCACACAAAAACCAUCAACAAGCCUGCUGUCGUUGAUGAUUUUGAUGAACAGAAUAGCUUAUGGCUUAAAAUGAAAGAAGAAGCAAGGUUUGAUGUUGAACAAGAACCAAUACUAUCUAGCUACUACUUCACCUCCAUUUUGUGUCACAAGUCAUUAGAAAGAGCGUUGGCUAAUCUUCUAUCAAUAAAGCUGAGUAAUUCCAGUCUUCCUAGCACCACUCUUUUUGACCUUUUUGCUGGGGUCCUUGAAGAGAGCCCUGAAAUCAUUAGAGCUGUGGAGGAGGAUUUGAGAGCUGUAAAAGAGAGAGACCCUGCAUGCAUGAGCUAUGUUCACUCUUUCUUGAAUUUCAAAGGCUUUCUAGCAUGCCAAGCGCACAGAGUGGCACACAAGUUAUGGUCACAAGGUAGACAAAUUCUAGCUCUAUUGAUACAAAAUAGAGCAUCUGAGGUUUUCGCAGUUGAUAUCCAUCCCGGGGCAAAGAUUGGUCAAGGAAUAUUAUUUGAUCAUGCCACAGGAGUGAUUGUUGGAGAGACCGCUGUGAUCGGAAACAAUGUGUCAAUUUUGCAUAAUGUGACCUUAGGAGGCACAGGGAAGGCAUGUGGAGAUAGGCAUCCAAAGAUUGGGAAUGGGGUGUUGAUUGGGGCUGGAACUUGUAUUCUGGGAAAUAUUAAGAUUGGUGAUGGGGCCAAGAUUGGGGCUGGCUCAGUGGUGUUACAUGAAGUGCCACCUAGAACUACUGCUGUUGGGAAUCCAGCUAGGCUGAUUGGAGGGAAGGCGAAUCCAAUUAAGCUUGAUAAGAUUCCUAGUUUCACCAUGGAUCAUACCUCACAUAUUUCUGAGUGGUCUGAUUACGUUAUUUAGAUGACUUUUCUUGUUUACAUGUUUCGAGAUUUUGGAGUUUUUGUUUGUUUGUUUGUUUGUGUUGGGAGUGAGAAUUGAAGUUCUCCAGCUAUUAGCAAACAGAGUAGGCUCUGUCCUGAUUUUAUUCAGUGAUAUAUUGUAUAUGUAUUGCCUUGUGACAUGUUAUUCAAGAUCACAUCUUCUCGAAGUAUAAAUCUAAUCAAUCUAUGUUUCUGCUGCUUCUAGCUAA